CGGCCACUAAUCGGCCAUCUCCAUUUUCUUUUCAUCGAUUACACAAAAAGAAAAGCAUAAUUUUGACUGUCACGACAUACAUUCCCAGUCCUUUACUUUUCUUAUUAAGUAGUUAUCUAAUUGUGUUGGCCAAAACCCAAUUAGUAAAAUCAUAGUUUUAAGGUCUCCAUUCCUUCAAUCAUGUUGUAGUAUACUGCUAGGAAAAAAAAACAUAAGCAGCUCACUGCUCACCCCCAUCUCUUCAAACCUUUUCGCUUUCCCCACAACUUGAAUCCAAAGUUCAUUGAUGUGGAUCUGUUUGGUGUUGGAUUUAGAUGGAUACCUUGUUUAGACUUGUGAGUCUUCAACCAUCGGACCAAUCUUUCAACUCUAGUAGAACAUCCAGCAGCUCUAGAUCAUCCAGACAAAACAAUCAUUACCAACAAGAAGACGAAGAAUGCUUCAACGUUUUCAUGGAUGAAGAAGACUUCUCUUCGUCUUCUUCCAAGAAUUACUACCCUUAUUAUCAUUAUCAUCAACAAUAUCAGCCCCACCCUUCCACCACCGUCGCCACUCCCACAAACACCUCCACCCCCACCACCACCACCACCACUCACCAUGCUAUUGACUCGUCUGAUUACUCCACCACUACUUUUUCCCCCGCUCAUAACAUGAACAACUUCGAUUUCUCCGGAAAGUGGGCUUCCGAUAUCCUAUUGAAGACGGCUGCCGCUAUCGCCGAUCGGAACAGCGGACGGGUUCAACAGCUGAUAUGGAUGCUCAACGAGCUCGGAUCACCUUACGGGGACACCGAUCAGAAACUGGCUUCUUAUUUUCUUCAAGCUUUGUUCAGCCGCAUGACUGACUCCGGCGAGCGUUGCUAUCGGACGUUGGCCUCUGUCUCUGAGAAAACAAGUUCUUUCGAGUCGACGAGGAAGAUGGUAUUGAAGUUCCAAGAGGUAAGCCCUUGGACAACUUUUGGUCACGUUGCUUGUAAUGGUGCAAUCAUGGAAGCUUUGGAAGGUGAAAGCAAAUUACAUAUAAUUGAUAUUAGUAACACUUAUUGCACUCAAUGGCCUACUUUGCUUGAAGCCAUAGCAACCCGUAGCGAUGAAACCCCGAAUCUACGGCUAACCACGAUCGUCACUAGCAAAAACGGUGGAGUUUCAGGCUCAUCACAGGGCUUAGCUACCGUCCAAGAGGUAAUGAAAGAAAUAAGGAAAAGAAUGGAAAAAUUCGCCAGGCUUAUGGGAGUUCCCUUUAAAUUCAAUGUCAUACACCAUGCUGGCGAUUUAUGUGAAUUAGAUUUAUCAGAGCUUGGUAUCGAAGAAGAUGAAGCCUUGGCCAUCAACUGUGUUGGCACUUUACAUUCAAUCACGACCGUCGAUAAUCGUAGAGAUAUAGUGAUAUCGAAUUUCAGGAGAUUGCAGCCAAGGAUAAUCACGGUAGUUGAAGAAGAAGCAGACCUUGAUGUUGGGGUUGAUGGGGUUGAUUUCGUUAAGGGUUUCCAAGAGUGUUUGAGAUGGUUUAGACUUUACUUUGAAGCCUUGGACGAGUGUUUCAAUAGAACAAGCAACGAAAGAUUGAUGCUUGAACGAGCGGCCGGUCGAACUAUCGUUGACUUGGUGGCUUGUCCGCCGUCCGAGUCCAUCGAGAGACGCGAACCGGCCACCCACUGGUCCAGACGGUUCCAUGCAAGUGGGUUCAGCCCCGUGGCUUUGAGUCAUGAAGUGUGCGACGAUGUACGCGCCUUGUUGAGAAGGUACAAGGAAGGUUGGUCAAUGGCACAGUGCCCCGACGCCGGAAUAUUCUUGUCUUGGAAGGAUCAGGUGGUGGUGUGGGCCGGUGCAUGGCGGCCUUGAUGACGGCCCUAGGCGUUUUCAGUUUAGUGCAUGGGGGAGUGGUUCACACAUGUGUUGUGUUUUUCUCGUACGUGUAAUGUGGAUUGGCGUAUUUUAUGUGGUGUUGGCUACAUAUUAAUUUGUGUUUUUUGUUU